CUCCUAGAAAAAAAAAAGAAGGAGCGAGAGGUCUCCUAGAAAAAAAAAAAAAAGAAAAGGAGCGAGAGGUCUCCCAGAAAGAAAAGGAGCGAGAGGUCUCCCAGAAUGAAAAAGGAGCGAGAGGUCUCCCAGAAAGAAAAGGAGCGAGAGGUCUCCCAGAAUGAAAAAGGAGCGAGAGGUCCUCCAGAAAGGAAAAGAGCGAGAGGUAUCCAAAAAAGAAGAGGAUUAAAUUAAAAAAUAAAUAAAUUGUGCGUCACCAAAUACGAUUGGGAUUAUAUUUGAAAGAUAUUAGAGAAGAAACCGUUUAGCUAGAACUGAAGUCAACAUAGUUUAUAGUGAGAAAUUAUUACAAUAAUCCUAAUCGUGGAUUGUUACAUUGUUACACUUUCAGGAAGCCCAGAAAGACUAAAGGGGCCGUCAAGGAUGAUCCCAUUCUGGUUGAGAACGCUAAACUCAAAAAGCAGAACGCCGAGCUGACGAAGCAGGUGGAGAGCUUGAACGAGAGUGUCGCCGCCCUGCAGGCCAGCUUGCUGGCAUCUCGUAGCGAUGGCAACGAAGCCGAGAGUGUGGAUUUCAACCCAAGAGAGUGUCCGUCAAGUACUCAGGCCGGCGGGUCGAGACGUUCCCCGAACAAUGGGUUAUUCGUGAGGAACCCAGCCCAUAGGACUCGCGAGGAGGAUACCGUUCCGGACGUGACUCGUUGGUUGUCGUCGAUAACAGUAGGAAGCAUCAACAUCCCGGAAUGUAAACCUUCAGAAGGUGAACAGAUCGGGAGGCGCGAUUUUGAUCAGUGGGUCGAUAUUUUCUCUUCACACAUGGAUCUCGCUGGCGUUACGGACGAAGUGACGAAGUUGGCUUUGUUCAAAGUCAAGGCCGGCUCUGCGCUUCUCGAAAUCUUCCACCACACGAAAUCGACCCAAGAUGCCCCGAAUGUGGAAACAUUCCCAUUUGCGAACGCGAUGCACCGAAUGAGAACCUACUUCCGAUCCUCAUCUGACGUUAUGUUGCAACGCCGGCGCUUGCGGCUGCUGGCACAGGACGCUAACGAGUCGGACAUGGCGUAUGUCGCCCGUGCUGCUAAGGUGGCCAGACAGUGCAACUUCGAGGAUUGCAAAGAACUGGAAGAAAUCGUCGGUACGCUAGCGGGUCACGGUCGAUCGAAGGAGUUGCGGGUCGUCGCCAUGACUUUGCUCAGGGAGAUCAACGACAUCAAAGAUUGGAACGACUUGAAUGAUGUCAAGAAAGUGGAGCUUACAUAUCAGGAUCUGAUUGACCGCAUUCGUGGUCUAGAAGCAAUAAACCUUAAUGAAACUCACUACAAGACAAAGUACAACAGCAACGAGCAGGUGACGGUUGCCGCUGUAGAAGCAGACGAAGCUUUCACCCCAAUCCGUCAGGCACAGUUUCGGCGAGGAGGCGGCUCUGGGGUCGGCCGGUUCAACGCGCGAUUCCAACCAUACCGUCGGCCGGAAAGCUCACGAGGGUUCGGAAACUAUCGCGGUUCAGCGGAGAGCUCUCGAGGAUCUGCAAGCUAUCGCGGAACAGCCAACUUCCGCAGAUCGAAUCAGUACCGGUGGCCAGAGCGAUACGGUGGCACUGAUCACUGCAACAGGUGCCACAGCGUGUACCACAAAUCGGACGAUUGCCCGGCGAAGGAUAAGACCUGCUUGAUGUGUGGUAAAACCGGUCAUCUCGCAAGAGCAUGCCCGUCAGCUUACCCAACUUCGAACCAGCGUGUGGAGAAUAACGGACAGGUCAACGCGGUGUCGAACCUUCCAGCAUUAAUGGAUGGGGAUGCAGAGAGUGGGGAGGCAGCAAAGCCGAACACGUCACUGGAAAAGGUUACGCGUUGUGAGGAGAUGAAAUGUGAUGUCAUCGAUGAAGUAGAGAUGCCACCCACAUCGCUCAAAGACUCGAGCGAGCAGGUAAACAGAUUAUUGGGCUAAAU